AGACCCCCAAAUCCCCCACCGCGCACCUAGGGAUUUCCAGCGAACUCUCAACUCUAACUCAUCUCUCUGACAAACCAACACAGUUUUUAGAAGUGUCGUAUAAAGCCUUUUGUUCUGGUGUUUCGUUGAUCAAUCAACAUAAUCUCCUGCUGUCUACGACUACAAAUAUUUCUACCGUCGCUAUUUCCUUGACGUUACUCACACGCUCUUCGAACGCUUAGUAUCGUUACUGACUGUUAACUCCAUGGCCAGUAUGACGAAGCAAGUAGGUUCAGACUGGCGCGCUAAUGGCUCAUCGGAUAAAGGCACUAUUUUGGUGACUGGAGGCGCAGGAUACAUUGGAAGCCACACCUGCGUCCAGCUAUUAGAGGAGGGGUAUAGGGUGGUGGUGGUGGACAACCUCGAUAACUCCUCCGAGGAGGCCAUCGAGCGUGUCGUGGAGCUCACCGGCGACAAGGGAAGGAACCUGACCUUCUUCAAGGUCGAUCUGUUGGACCGGCUUCUUCUGGAGGAGGUGUUCAAACACACUGCCUUCGACGCGGUGAUUCACUUCGCGGGGCUCAAGGCGGUGGGCGAGAGCGUGCAGUACCCGCUGCGGUACUACCACAACAACAUCACAGGGACUAUCAUUCUGCUCGAGCUCAUGGACCAAUACGGGUGCAAGAAGAUAGUGUUUUCGUCGUCCGCCACAGUGUACGGUCAGCCCAAGCGGGUGCCGUGCACGGAGGAGGACGAGCUGCAGACACUCAACCCGUACGGCCGCACCAAGCUGUACAUAGAGAACAUCUUGAGGGACAUGCAGGCAGCGUCGGCGGGGUGGCAGGUGCUGCUGCUGCGGUACUUCAACCCCGUGGGCGCGCACCCGUCGGGGCGCAUAGGCGAGGACCCGCAGGGCAUCCCCAACAACCUCAUGCCCUUCAUUCAACAAGUGGCCGUGGGGCGCCGCCCCUUCCUCUCCGUGUUUGGCAGCGACUACCCGACGAAGGACGGCACUGGGGUGCGCGACUACAUCCACGUCAUGGACCUGGCAGCGGGGCACACCGCAGCGCUGCGCAAGAUCUUCACCACGCCCGCCCUCACCUGCGACGUCUACAACCUCGGCACCGGCCGGGGGCAGUCCGUGCUGGAGAUGGUAGCGGGCUUCGAGCAGGCCUCUGGCCGGGAGAUCCCUGUGAAAAUGUGUCCCAGGCGGCCGGGAGACUGCUCCGAGGUGUAUGCUCUGACGGAUAAGGCGGAGAGGGAGCUGAAAUGGAAGGCUACUUUGACGCUGGAUGACAUGUGCCGGGACCAAUGGAACUGGGCUAGGCAGAAUCCAUGGGGGUAUUCCAACCCUCCUGAGGAGGUGGCUCAAGCAGAGGAGGCUGAACGUGUGGUGGUUGUGUUAGAGCAGGAGGGAGGGAGUGAAGGUGGGAAGAAGAAGGCAGUGACAAGCCCUGUGAGUGAGCCACGCACACCUCCUCUCAUCCCGGCAAGCCCAGAGGUCACCAAUUCAAGCCAGUCUACAAGCUCUGCGGGGUCUGCUCCUUCCCCUUGCGUCCUUGAUUCCACACCUCCUGCUGUGGCGCACAAGGGAUCGCUUGUUCGCACGGGGUCAGGGUCGAGUGUGGAUUCGUUAGAAGAGCUGCCUAGAUUGGAGGGCUCCCAAGCAGUCGCAUGAUAGAUCAUGUGCGUGGAGUGCUUGUGCUAGACUUGCUCUAUACUGCAUCAAAUUUUGACCUUUCUGGAUUUUGAUUUGUACUGAUAUAUUGCUACACCG